AUGCAUGAGCUGCCGUACGGCACCGAGCUGCAGGAGGAGGCGUUCGGUGCAGAGGCAGGGGACGACGGGUCAUCGCAGCCUCUUCAUGACCCGCAGCUGAGUAUCUCCUCGCCCUUCGGCCAGAAGCCAAGUGAUGUAGAGUGCGUGCCCUUGNAGCUAAGUAUCCCCUCGCCCUUCGGCCAGAAGCCAAGUGAUGUAGAGUGCGUGCCCUUGACGUACAAGGAUGUCCUUAACUCCAAGUACAAGGUGCCGUGGGAAGCAGCCAUAGCAAAGGAGUUCGACGGCCACAAGAAGACGGGGACGUUCUCCGAGAUUAGCGGUCUGCCCGAGGGGCGUAAGGCCAUCAAUGCGAAGUGGAUUUUCUCGCACAAGACCAAUGAGAAGGGGCUGAUUGUGGACUUCAAAGCACGUAUGGUUGCGCGUGGGCCGAAGAGAGACGACGAGUCCUCGGUGGACAAGCCCGUGAGGGAAGCGAUCGGAUGCCUGAUGUGGUUGCUGUUCACGAGGGCGGACAUUGCGCUGCCUUUGAACAAGCGGCAGAGGAUCGCCCACUCACCCACCGAGAGGAUGUGGAACGCGCUUGUGCGGAUCAUGUCCUACCUCAACGAGACGAAGGACCUCGGGAUCACCUACGUCCGCGGAUCAGGGCUAGACCUAGACGUGUUCGUCGAUUCCAGUUACGCCGACAGCACCGUUGACAGGCGUUCGACGACGGGGCUAGCCGUGACUGUAGGUGG